UUUUGGAACUGCGUGUUGUCAAAAGCAAUAAUGGCAUCUCCACUUACUUUAUAGGAGUCCCCGUUUUGCUUCUCUCCUUGAUCACCCUUUCCCUUUCCACUUUUGCUUUCUGGGUGCUUCUCAUUUUUGCUCUAUAUGUUAUUUCUCUGCGACCCUUUUCCUCUCCUGCAAGAGCUUGCUUCUUCUUCUUUCACAGCAUGAAGGUUUCUACGGGCACAUCUCAAGGUUGCCCUUCUCUAAGGUCUUUGUCCAUCAAAGUGGGAAGUAUGCUUUGCCCUUGUAGUUCUCCAAACAAAUAUAAGAGGUUAGAUGCUAAGCUUGAAAGGAAAAUGGCUGAGGCCAAGAGAGGUUCAUCAGGGCAUCACAAUUUCAAGUCACUUGACAGCAUAAUUAUGAAGUUCCCUCAGUUCAAGGAGGGAUUGAAAAACAUAAGAGCUGUGUUUGAACAAUAUGAUGAGGACUCUAAUGGAACCAUUGACCGAGAGGAACUAAAGAAAUGCUUACAAAAACUGCAACUCCAUCUGACAGAGGAGGAGGUUGAGGAUCUGUUCCAUUCAUGUGACAUUGAUGGCAGUGAAGGGAUACAAUUCAAUGAGUUCAUUGUUCUUCUUUGUCUCAUCUAUCUCCUGAAGGAUCCUUCUUCCUCUAAUACUACAUCGAGGUUAGGUUCGCCACAGCUUGAAGCGACUUUUGACACCAUAAUUGAAGUAUUCUUUUUUCUUGAUAAAAAUGGAGAUGGAAAGCUGAAUAAAAAAGACGUGGUCAAGGCAUUGAAUGAGGCUUCUCCUUGGGAGAAAUCCCCUUCUCACAUCACCAGGACCCGAUUCAAAGAAAUGGACUGGGACAGGAAUGGGAAGGUCAGUUUCAGGGAGUUCCUCUUUGCAUUCAUCAAUUGGGUUGGGAUCGACACAGAUGAAGAAAUGCCUCUGGCAGGAACUUAAACAAAUGAACAGGAUGUAAAGACUUUGCACAUAUCACUAUCUUGCAUUUGUAAAGACUUUGUCUCUAGCUUUUGUCAUUUAUGAUUUCUUUUCAAAUGUUUGAAUUCUGAGCCACCGUAUGAAUCACGAUGUUGUUCUUGAUUUCUAUUUUAUUAUUAUUUUCUUAA